AUCAAACAAGCGGUUUGGAAUUUUUAUACCAAGAUGCAACAGACCGAAUCCUUCUACUCAAUCAUCAUUCUGAAUGAGAGCAUCUCCUGCCAGCCAGCUCCUGCCCAUCCUCCAGACAAACUGCGUUUGUCGCAUGGAAUUAUCAGCCUAACGUUGGGGCCCCUCAAUGCAUUCUUAAAUGGAAUCUGCGUACUCAUCUUCACUCAUCCACUGUGGAAAAAAUCAACAAUGAGUCGACUACUGAGGGGACUUUCGGUCAUCGAGCUUUGCAUGGGAAUAUCGCUUUUUGCUUACGCAUUGUUGGAUAACUGUUCAAGUCAUCUGCAAACCCAUUUUGACCUAAGAGAGAGCAUUCCUGUGGGAAAUACAACCCUUGAUUUUUACACCGACCGCCAUCGAAACUACGUAAAACAUACUUCCAUAUUCGUUCUCAGUAUUUGGUUUAGUCUUUGUCUAUUAGCCUUUCAAGUGGCUCGGAAUUGGUCUGUCGUUCUGUUGGCUGCAUAUCGCUACGAUCGACUGUGCCGACCAAUCGGCAGCGGAUCGGCAUUUACGGAUGAACGCAUUUGCAGCAUACUGGUUGCCGUGGUGGGUUGCUCUUGCGUAUUGGUUAUUCCGCGUGCUUUCGAAGCUGCCAUUAUUAUAUGCCACAGAACUGGAUUAUUCUCCGGGGUCAAAUUGCUUUUAUCAGAUAAUCAUAUUUAUCAAAUUGCCUACCUCGGUGUUGUUAUGUUUAUCGUGCAAGCUGGUGGCCCGGUUAUCUGUGUUUGCGUGCUCAAUGCUUUCAUCAUUCGUCUGAUUGUAAAACGUCGUCAGCUACAAAGAGAAAAAGAGGAAAAAUCAGCGUUGCGUCUACUGAACCAAAGAUCGAUAAGUGAGGUUUCUGAGAGGGGAAAUGACUCAAUCCAAAACGCUCGAUUUUCAUCAAUAAGCAAACCCGUCAACUAUCAUGUGCCCCCAAAACCACCCCCUUCCGGAGAUAAACUCAUAUUUGCCGUCUGUGUGUGUUUCUUCAUUUUCGAAACGCCCUCGUUUUUCAGUAAAAUUCUCCGCCCGUAUCUGGAAAAUAACUAUCCUGUUGUAGACUCGUGGUUAUCUAUUAUUGCCAACAUACUGAUUUAUUUGGAUUCUACGUUAAAUGCAUUUGUGUACAUGGCCUCAAAUCCCACAUUUCGCAAGAUUGUCUCGGAAAAAUUGUUGAAAUAUCGACAUUUGAUCUUUGGAACGGAAACAGUGGCCAGGUCGGCACCAAAUGUAACUGUCGAGAUUGGACGAGUUGAAGGGCAAUCCUGA